GUCCAACUUGCUAGGCAGCGGGUAGCUAGCUAUAGCAGGAGCUCGCAGUAUUUACAUUAACCAGAUUAUUCAGCUAGUAGAUAGCCAAACCUAGUGUCACAUUUAACUGAGUUGCCUUAACCAUCAUAAAACAGCGGUUAUGGCGGCGGCCUAUGUGGAUUCGGACUGCGACGAAGAAGCGAGUGAGACGACUGGGCUUGGGAGGCGGAUCUCCUGUGAGCAGGACACAAAAGUACAGGUGUCGGACGGACUAGAGAAGUUCUUCGUGGAGAGACACUCCUGGAGCGAUCUUAGGAACAUGCUGGCCGAGAGUCGACGGUUCCAGGGCCAUGUGGUGGCGAAGCCACCCCAUGAAUUCCAGUUCGUCCAGAAGAACGACCCAGAUGGACCACAUUCCCACCGCGUCUACUACCUUGCCAUGUCUGGUGACAGCAGGGAGAACAGCCUGUACUAUUCAGAGGUCCCCAAGAAGAUCAACAAGCAUGCCCUGCUCUUCCUCUCCUGGAAGCCACUGCUGCAACACUUUCAUAGUCAUGAAUAUGGAGAGUACUAUCCGGAGGAUGAGUUGCUUCGAGAGAGAAAGCGUAUCGGGACACAUGGCAUCGUGACCUUUGACCUGCAUCGCCCCAGCGGCACCUUCCUCUUCCAGGCAGGGGCCUCUAUCUACACCGUUAGGGACGGGGGAUCACAAGGGUUCACGAAACAGCCUCUAAAGCCUGUGAAAGUGAACACCUCCUGCCCCAGCAUCCGGAUGGACCCCAAGCUGUGUCCCGUCGACCCGGCCUGGUUCUGCUUCAUCCACAGCUGUGACAUCUGGAUCGGGAACCUGGAGAGUGGGGAGGAGAGACGCCUCACCUUUACCCACAAAGGUCUGUCCAACCCGGAACUGGACCCCAAGUCAGCGGGGGUGGCCACCUUCCUGCUGCAGGAGGAGUUUGACCGCUACACGGGAUACUGGUGGUGCCCUGCCGCCGUGGACGCAGCGGAUGGCAGCCGGACGCUGAGGAUCUUUUAUGAGGAGAACGAUGAGUCAGAGGUGGAGAUUAUUAACGUGACCUCCCCUCUCCUUGAGACGCGCCUGACUGAGUCAUUCCGGUACCCAAGGGCAGGAACUACAAACCCCAAAUCCACACUCAAGAUGUGUGAUGUAACAGUCAGUGCAGAUGGAAAGGUAGUGAGUGUCGUGGAUAAGAAGUUGGUUCAGCCCAUGGAGGUUCUGUUCCCUGGUACGGAGUACAUUACCAGGGCUGGCUGGACAUCAGAGGGCCGAUAUGCCUGGGCGCUGCUGCUGAACCGGACCCAAACCCGGCAGCAGCUGGUCCUGCUCCCACCAGACCUCUUCGUCCCCGUGGACGGAUCGGGCAAUGCCUCCGACCAGCGCAGCCCGGAGCCCGGCGGCGCCACACCCUUCAUCAUCUACCAGGAGAGCACGGACAUUUGGAUCAAUACCCACGACAUCCUGCACAUCCUGCCGCAGACGGAGGAGGGCGAGAUCGGCGUCAUCGUGGCGUCGGAGCUGCACACGGGCUUCAGGCACCUGUACAGAGUCACGGCUCUGCUGCAGAGCUGCUGGGGCCACGCCGACGGGCCCGCAGGUGACUUCCUGUGCCCCGUGAAGGAGCAGGUGGCCUUGACCUGGGGAGAGUGGGAGGUGCUGGGGAGACAUGGCUCCAACAUCACCGUGGACGAGGAGAGGGGACUCAUCUUCUUCCAGGGGACACGGGAUAGCCCCCUGGAGCACCACUUGUACGUCACCAGCUGGGUGCGGCCUGCCGAGCCCUGGAGAAUCACCAAGCCUGGCUACUCCCACACCUGCUGCGUCAGCCAGCUGAUGGACAUGUACGUGACCCGCUUCAGUAACGAGACCAGCCCUCCCUGCGUGCACCUGUUCCGGCUCAGCCCGGAGGAGAGGGAUCCGGACCUCCUGCAGGGCGAGUUCUGGGCCUCUCUGAUGGAGUACCCAGUCUGCCACCCUGAUUAUACUGCGCCGGAGCUGUUCUCCCUCGAGAGCAAAUCGGGACACACCUUGCACGGCAUGCUGUACCGCCCCCACGACCUGCGGCCCGGCGUCAAGUACCCUGUGGUGGUGUACGUCUAUGGGGGCCCUCAGGUGCAGCUGGUGAACCGGCGCUUCAAGGGCCUGAAGUACAUGCGGCUGCACACGCUGGCCUCGCUGGGCUACGCCGUGGUCGUCAUCGACAACCGCGGCUCCUGCCACCGCGGCCUGGCCUUUGAGAGCUCGCUGAAGCACCGUAUGGGCCAGGUGGAGAUAGAGGACCAGGUGGAGGGUUUGGAGUACCUGUCCUCCCGCCACUCCUUCCUGGACAUGGAGCGGGUGGCCAUCCACGGCUGGUCCUACGGCGGCUUCCUGUCCCUCAUGGGCCUGCUGCAGAGACCAGACAUCUUUAAGGUGGCGGUUGCCGGGGCUCCAGUCACCCUGUGGACGUACUAUGACACAGGCUACACUGAGAGAUACAUGGGCUUUCCCGACCUCAACCAGGACAGCUACCAGCUGGGCUCCAUCGCCAUGCAGGCACAUCGCUUCCCCUCAGAGCCCGGCCGGCUGCUGCUGCUCCACGGCGUGCUGGACGAGAAUGUGCACUUCACCCACACCAACAUGCUGCUCAGCCUGCUGAUCCGCGCAGGCAAACCCUACCACCUGCAGCUGUACCCCCAGGAGAGGCACAGCAUUCGGCAGCCGGAGUCCGGGGAGCACUACGAGCUGCACCUGCUGCACCACCUGCAGGAGAACCUGGGCUGCUGCGCCGCCCCCCUCAACAGCCCCUCCUGACCUGCACCCGUCCCGCGCAGGCCUGAACGCCCAACCCCAGGCUUCCGGAAAACGACCUCCUGACCUCCGCCGAGGCCUGCCGGGAGCGCUGGCUUUCAAGCCUCCCGGAGAGGCGGCGGGGGGUGUGGAACGCAAGGCUAAAUCUGUGUCCAGGGCGCGGUGCGGCUGUCAGAGCAGGUGCGGGAGUGGGCUGUAGGACAGCAAGUAACGGGGGUUCUUUUUGUUUGCUUUUUUAAAUGUGUGACAGGAAGCCGGGAGACCUGAAAGCCUGUAGUUCGCUUCCUGUCGUUCGAUGAUAUUCAGGGACGAUUUUAAAAAAAAAAAACGGAUGUUAUGUCAUUUCCCAGUUUGUUGCAGAGUGCUGUACUGAGAAUCAUGCCGAGCUGUCAUUUCCGAGCCGCGUCAUGGCCAGACCAUGACGCGGGAAAAGCGGUCUGUGUCAGCUAAGAAUGAAUUCAUGUGCCUGGACAGUGUGAUUAUGGACCUGAACAGAGCAGCUUAUGUGUCUGUCCUAUUCUUUCCCCGCCUCUCCACCAAUCAAGAAAAGGCAGAGGCGGGCACAGGAAGUGCAUGCGUCCAAUCACUGUAGAGCAUGACUUCACGCAGCAAGUGUCUGCAACCUUUCUGCUUCGUAGUACGUGCAGUUAAUCCCAAAGGGCCACGGGGUCUUUUGAGUGGCCUGCAUUCAACUGACUUGGUGCCUUCGUUGCCACCACUUGAUGUAACAGCAUUGAUUAUUUAACUGUCUUCCUUUUUAUCA